GAGUUGAAGCCGAAUGCCGACAGAAAUCAUCAGAGUGAGGCUAAAAGUGAAAGGGUUCAGAAAUUGAAGGCAAAAAAAAAAAAAAAAAAUGGUGAGAUUAAGCAAAUGGCUUCUAAAAGAAGCAGGAUCUGAACUUAACAAAACUCUUUCUAAGAUCCUCGUUUGCCCGCUUUCCAAACAACCUUUAAGGGUUUGCAAGGAACCAGCUUCUCUUAUCAGUGAUUCUAUUGGGGUCUCUUUUCCUAUAAAGGAUGGGAUUCCAUGUUUGGUGCCGACAGAUGGGAAGAUACUUGAUACUGAUGAUCAUGAUACAAUGAAAGAUGACGAUACUGCUGAGGAUUCAGCUAGAACAUAUUAGGAAGGAGGUUGGGAUCCUUUCAUCUUGCUGUUUCCUGCUUCUAGCAAUGUUCUGUUCCCAUUCGAUUGUACUGGUCAUUUUUCUUCAUAAACUGCUGACUCUAUCUUAUCACUUACCUCAAAUGAUUUUUUGGGCUUAAUUUUGCCUUUUUUAGGAAACCCACACUUUCAUUACAUAGAAUGGAAAAUUGUUUUUGAGAUACACAAUUAUGAUUGGUGUUUUCGAUAGUGUCAGGCAUGAGCAUACAAAACUAUUUUGUUUCUUCCUGUAAAUCCUGAGAAUUGCACUGUUAAAUUCAUGCAUUGAAAUACUUUGGGAUAUGGUUUACGGGUAUCAAUAUUUAUUGCAGCAUAUGUUGAAAAAGUUAUGCUUGUAAACUACAUUAGAAUUAAU